AUGUCUUCGGUGGUAGAUGAAGAAGCUGAGAUUGUGCAAGAUGCACUCUACAGCUGCGAUGGAAAUGAAGAGAUGAUGGAGGUUGUAGUGGAUGAUGAAGUGGAGAGCGCAGAUGGUAGUGAUGUAGGUGUGGAGAUGGACCUAAGGAGCUCAACGGAUAUACAGGACGAAAACAGAGACCUUCUCCAAAGGAUUGAAAUGGAAAUGGCAUCGAUACGAGAAACUGCGAUCAAAAUGAUGAGAAGGCCAGCAGAAAGCGCUCGAAUGAACAUGGCGGAAACGCUGCGCGAUUUGGAACAAUUACGGGAAAAGAUCGAGUCGCUACCAGAUAACGCUGAAGGGAGCGACCAAAACAUGCGCCUUGCACGCCGUCCCGAUGUUCCUCCAGUCGGCCGUCCUCGAGCUUCUACUCAGAUACGGAAAUUACAGAAGCGAGCCCAUCUACGCAAGGAAGAGCAAAGUAAACGACGAAAGCCACUGCUGGAAAUUCCGGAUUGUGCACAUGACGAGAGGGACGCGUGUGCUGUUUGCCUUCGGAUGCAGCCAAGUAACAGCACAAAUAGUCAGAUUUGUUGGAUUCAGUGUCCAACAUGCGAAAACUGGAUGCAUACCGAAUGUAUCAGCAACAACGUGUGCCCUCACGAUGAAACAGAGUUGGGCAGCAGUGAUGCAUGGCGUAUGUCGGACCUUGGCGCGUGUGUCGAGAAGGAUUUGGUGGACGUUUGGAAUUACGCAAAGGUUGAGAGUUUUCAGCAAGAUUUAGUGUUCGGUCUGCGAAUUCGUCGACUAAUGCACAUCAGUCAUGUGCAAGACAAAGAGUUGCAGGCUGUUGGACUUUCGCAGUCGCAGAUUCGAGAUAUCAGAAAAGCUGCUUUCGAAGUUCAGGAGAAGGCUAACAAACGGAGUACCAAGUCUGAGUUAGUGUAUGUUGAAAACGGAAAUUGUAAAGGCAGUAGCUCAGCUGAAUUGAAUAAGACGUUCAUACCUAAAGAACAGAUAAAGUUAUUGGAAACUAUCGGCCAGGGAUCGUUUUCCAUAGUUAAGCGCGCCUAUUGGUAUAGCUCUAAUGGGGAGAGGGUGGAAGUUGCAGUGAAAAUUCUGCGAGAUGUUUCACCGUCUAAAAUUGAAGAUUUGCAAGCUGAAGCAACCCAUCUUCUCAGACUUCAACACUCCAAUCUCAUCCGAAUGUAUGGUGUUGUGCCACGACCAGCAAUGAUGGUUUUCGAACUUUGCGAAGGUGGAGAACUACUGUCUCGUCUACGUGAUGCAAACAAACCGACAUUUCUCGUUACCACUCUUCUUGAGUAUUGCCUACAGAUAGUGAAGGCACUCACAUUUCUUGAAACCAAACAUAUCGUUCACAGAGAUAUUGCUGCAAGGAACAUCCUUCUUACCAAAGACGAAAAGGUGGUGAAGCUAUGUGAUUUUGGACUGAUGAGGAAUCUGAAAGAGAACGAAAGGACGUAUGUCAUGCAUGCGCAAAAACGAGUUCCUUUUUCGUGGUGUCCACCAGAAUCACUUCGUCAUCGGAUUUUCUCUCACGCUUCUGAUGUCUGGGCUUUUGGAGUUACGGCUUGGGAAAUAUUUAGUUACGGGGAGGAUCCAUGGAUUGGCUGCAGAGCAGUCGAUGUACUUAAGCGGCUCGAUGCAGGAGAUCGCCUCGAGAAACCUCGCUAUUGUUCCCAACAAAUAUAUGACUUAAUUAGUUUAUGUUGGAACAUAAAUCCUGAUCUCCGUCCCAGAUUCAGUCUCCUGAGGACGUUGUUGUUAGGAGCGGAGUUCAAUGUGGCUGAAGUGCGUGAUCCAUUGCAGUCAGAGCAUGACGGAAGCAUAUUGCAAAUGAUGCCACGCGAUCGAAUCAUAGUUAUAGAGAGCGAUGGCCUUCUUUGGUAUGGCCAAAACGAACGAACUCAUAAAUUUGGAAAUUUUCUCCGUUCUUCCGUCUUUGUCCAUAGUAAAUCGGUGACGACCUACACACAUCGUGACGCAGUUACACCAGUUGGAAAUACAAUGAUUUCAUUACCUAUCCGAGAGUUUAAGUCGUCACAGUUACCUCGUGGUUAUCAGGACGAAUUGAACGGUCUUUUACGAAAUUACUUUUUGGAAAGAGAAGAGAAGAAAAAUCAAGAUUCGCCGUUUGUCCUUCACUUUUGA